CUAUCCUUGCUCUCUCUGCUCCAGACACACUGACCUGUUUCUUGGCCCCUGUGGGCAUCCUGCCGUCUCAGGUACGUUCCACUGCUUUUCCCUCUAUCUGGAAUGCGCUUCUCCCACAUAUAGUACAGCCUGCUCCCUUAUUUCUUUCAAGUCUUUCCUCAAAUGCCAUCUUCUCAGUGAGGCGUACUCAGAUCACACUCUUUAACCCAAACUUCAUCCCCCACUUUCUUCUUUACUUUACUUUGUAGCUCUUAUUUAUUUCUAACAUAUUAUGAAUGUAUGAAUGAAUACUGUUUGUAAACGCACAUAAUACAAUGCCGGCUAGUGUUCUCCUACAAUUACAUUCUCUUUCCUAGGACAGUGGUUUGUGGUCUGAGGGGACAAAGCUUGAGGACUUAGGGUUCAUGAUCUUAUAGGAAAAUGUGCCUUCAUGAAAUCCAGGAUUAAUAUUCAUUCCUCAAUAAUCUUUUAUAGAAUAUCUAAGUGCCAGGUCGUGAAUAGUAAUAUGAAUAGUAUCACUUUUGUGCAUUAAUUCAUUCAACCAAUAUUUACCGGGUGCCUUCUCUGUGCCAGUUCUGACUGAAGACAGCUGUUACAAGCAUUUCGGGAUCACGCACUUCCAUCCCUUAAAACCGAGUCCCCAGAUUUGGGAUGGGGAAUGAGGGGAGAAUGAAGGAAAACAUCGGGUCCCGCCAGCAGAGGGCGAGCUCCCGCCCUCUACCCGGCCUCCGGUCCCACCGAGGCUUCCAGGCUCCCACGCUCGUGCCCGAGCGCGCCCCCGCGCGCCGCGUCACGUGAUGCGGCCGCGGAACCUGAGCUGCUGGGCCUAAACCUAGCUAAUUUCGUUGCCGGUGGCCGCUGCGGGGGCAACCGUAAAGGCUAAUCCGAACGUGUGAGGGAGGCUCGUGGAGUCGAUGUUUCCUCAACUACUUCAGGUCGGCUCCCGUUACCUUUUCACUAUUCGCCGUUCUGGUCUCCCUGAGCGUUUGCAUGAGCUCUUUCGUGUGGACAAGCUCCGGUGACCAUGUAGGGAGAAAGAGUGAGGAAGCUCCCGGUGUCUGGUACAAGGUCAGCGCUGUCGGCACGCCGCUGACGAGCCCACCACACCCUCGGUGCGGGUCGAGCGGCGCGUUAGUCCUGCUGGGAACUCAGGCCUCCGGUUGUGGCCUGGUCCAGAGCGCCACGAAAUCUCGCGUUGUCUCGCGAGAGUCUAAGUUGAAGGAACAUGGCGACGUCUAAUCUGUUAAAGAAUAAAGGUUCUCUUCAGUUUGAAGACAAAUGGGAUUUCAUGCGUCCUAUUGUUUUGAAGCUUUUACGUCAGGAAUCUGUUACCAAACAGCAGUGGUUUGAUCUGUUUUCGGAUGUGCAUGCAGUAUGUCUCUGGGAUGAUAAAGGCCCAGCAAAAAUUCAUCAAGCUUUAAAAGAAGACAUUCUUGAGUUUAUUAAGCAAGCUCAGGCACGAGUACUGAGUCAUCAGGAUGAUACAGCUUUGCUAAAAGCAUAUAUUGUUGAGUGGCGAAAAUUCUUUACACAAUGUGAUAUUUUACCCAAACCUUUCUGUCAGCUAGAGAUUACUUUAAUGGGAAAACAGGGCAGCAAUAAAAAAUCAAAUGUUGAAGACAGUAUUGUUCGAAAGCUCAUGCUUGAUACGUGGAAUGAAUCCAUCUUUUCAAAUAUAAAAAACAGACUCCAAGAUAGUGCAAUGAAGUUGGUACAUGCUGAAAGAUUAGGAGAAGCUUUUGAUUCUCAGCUGGUUAUUGGAGUAAGAGAAUCCUAUGUUAACCUUUGUUCUAAUCCUGAGGAUAAGCUUCAAAUUUAUAGGGACAAUUUUGAGAAGGCAUACUUGGAUUCAACAGAGAGAUUUUAUAGAACACAGGCACCCUCGUAUUUACAACAAAAUGGUGUACAGAAUUAUAUGAAAUAUGCAGAUGCUAAAUUAAAAGAGGAAGAAAAACGAGCACUACGUUACUUAGAAACAAGACGAGAAUGUAACUCUGUUGAAGCACUCAUGGAAUGCUGUGUAAAUGCCCUGGUGACAUCCUUUAAAGAGACUAUCUUAGCAGAAUGCCAAGGCAUGAUCAAGAGAAAUGAAACUGAAAAAUUACAUUUAAUGUUUUCAUUGAUGGACAAAGUUCCAAAUGGGAUAGAACCAAUGUUGAAAGACUUGGAAGAACAUAUUAUUAGUGCUGGCCUGGCAGAUAUGGUAGCAGCUGCUGAAACAAUUACUACUGACUCUGAGAAAUAUGUUGAGCAGUUACUUACACUAUUUAAUAGAUUUAGUAAACUCGUCAAAGAAGCUUUUCAAGAUGAUCCACGAUUUCUUACUGCAAGAGAUAAGGCAUAUAAAGCAGUUGUUAAUGAUGCUACCAUAUUUAAACUUGAAUUACCUUUGAAGCAGAAAGGGGUGGGAUUAAAAACACAGCCUGAAUCAAAAUGCCCUGAGCUGCUUGCCAAUUACUGUGACAUGUUGCUAAGAAAAACACCAUUAAGCAAAAAACUAACCUCUGAAGAAAUUGAAGCAAAGCUUAAAGAAGUGCUCUUGGUGCUUAAAUAUGUACAAAACAAAGACGUUUUUAUGAGGUAUCACAAAGCUCAUUUGACACGACGUCUCAUAUUAGACAUCUCUGCUGAUAGUGAAAUUGAAGAGAAUAUGGUAGAAUGGCUAAGAGAAGUUGGUAUGCCAGCAGAUUAUGUAAACAAGCUUGCUAGAAUGUUUCAGGACAUAAAAGUAUCUGAAGAUUUAAACCAAGCUUUUAAGGAAAUGCACAAAAAUAAUAAAUUGGCUUUACCAGCUGACUCAGUGAAUAUAAAAAUUCUGAAUGCUGGUGCCUGGUCAAGAAGCUCUGAGAAAGUAUUUGUCUCACUUCCCACUGAACUGGAGGAUCUGAUACCCGAAGUAGAGGAAUUCUACAAAAAAAAUCAUAGUGGUAGAAAAUUACAUUGGCAUCAUCUCAUGUCAAAUGGAAUUAUAACGUUUAAGAAUGAAGUAGGUCAAUAUGAUUUGGAGGUAACAACGUUUCAACUGGCUGUGUUGUUUGCAUGGAACCAAAGACCCAGAGAGAAAAUCAGCUUUGAAAAUCUGAAACUUGCAACUGAACUCCCGGAUGCUGAGCUUCGAAGGACUUUAUGGUCUUUAGUAGCUUUUCCAAAGCUAAAACGACAAGUUUUAUUGUAUGAGCCUCAAGUCAACUCACCCAAAGACUUUACGGAAGGUACCCUCUUCUCCGUGAACCAGGAGUUCAGUUUAAUAAAAAAUGCAAAAGUCCAGAAAAGGGGUAAAAUAAACUUGAUUGGACGCUUGCAGCUCACUACAGAAAGGAUGAGAGAAGAAGAGAAUGAAGGAAUAGUUCAACUAAGAAUAUUAAGAACCCAGGAAGCUAUCAUACAGAUAAUGAAAAUGAGAAAGAAAAUUAGUAAUGCUCAACUGCAGACUGAAUUAGUAGAAAUUUUGAAAAACAUGUUCUUGCCACAAAAGAAAAUGAUAAAAGAACAAAUAGAAUGGCUAAUAGAGCACAAAUAUAUCAGAAGAGAUGAAUCUGAUAUCAACACUUUCAUAUAUAUGGCAUAAUUUCUAAUAUCAUGAACAAUAUUAAGAACCGAAAUUUUGGAGUGCUUGGGCAGAAAGUUGUAACAGUUUGUGCUGGAGAGAGGUUUAUCUGGACUUUGAUUACAUAAAUAUUAAAAUCUCUGCCUUACCUUACAAGACAACUCUAUUUUGCCAAUCACAUUAGUUAGCAUGAUGGCAUUCCCUUCAUGUUGCACACUCUUAACAGCAUGCUGUUUUGUGGAGAAACCUGCAUUCAUGAAGAGCCCAUUACGAACUUUUAAAAGUAAAUUUGAUUUAUACCCACCAGGAGAAAUACAGUUGGGAAGAGGGAGGGUGGGGUUUUUGUUCCUUUCUCAGUUUUUUUCUCUCUUAAAAAAAUGUACUUGCACAAGGAAGGAUCUUCAGAUAUCCAUGCACUGAAAAAUGCUGUUAUCGUUUGUUUUUAAAAAUACAAUUAGAAAUAAAAAUAGCACUCUUGGUUUCUUUUGAUCAAAAGAGUGAGCUGGUCUACAUAACAUUGGGAGAGGGCAGAUGUAGGUAAGAAGAUAAGCAUUUAAUGGUAUCAGAUUGUUUGUUCGAACACUGCUUCAGUAUAGUGACUGGAUUUUAAUUGUGACCUAAAAAAUGGUAUUAAGUAUUUCCAGCUUAUAAAUGUUGGUUUUCUUUAACCAGAAGACUGCUGUCUUAGUUGUUUGCUGUUAAAUGAUACAUUUUUAUCUUCUAUGGCUGGAGAGUUUGUUUUGAAAAAGUGAAGCUAUAUUAAUUGUUGCUUCAAAUGUUUAAAAAAUUUUAUGGAGAUAGGCCAUUAUGAUUGCAGAGUCAAAAUAGCAAAACAAACAUAUUAAGUGUGUUUCCGAACACAUUUAAUAUUUAUAUACCUAAUAUUUAUUAUGCCAUAUCUAAAUUUAUUUUAAAAAUGAAGAAAUCUCCUGCUCUGAUAAUAAUAGUUGUGUAACUGAUCUCUUAAUCUGUAGAAUAGAAAUAUUUUGGUAUUUUCAAGUCUCACGAUUAGAGAUUUAUAUCCUCACGUUUCUGAAAAGGGAGACUUUCUCUCUAAGUAAUGGUAAAGUAUAAGUGACCUCGAAGGAAGAGAGAAACCACAGCAUAAGAUGACCUGAAAAGCAGAGGCAAAAUUGUUGAAAUCUUAAUAUGAGCAGUAAACUUGCCAAAUAUAUGUACAUAUAUAUUUAUAUUUUAAAAAUAAACAUUUUUAAAAUGUUCAUAAGGCAACAUUUACCUUGUUCCUUUCAGUCAAUCCAAAGUAGCAGCUUAAUAGUUGCUGGCAACAGAAUACCCAGAAUAGUAGAGGUUUUAGGACUUCAGGACAUAAACACUUGAAAGAGAAAAACUUACUCCCCAUUGGGAAGGAAUGACUCAACAUGGAUUUCUAUUCAUUGUGGUGCAUGUUUCAAACCUUCUCGCAAAUUAUUUUAUGUCUUGUUUGACUUUAAGUAAUAGUUUAAACAUUUGGUUUUGAAGAUAGUGGAAAAUGGAGUGCUGGAGCACUGAAAGGCAUACAGUAUUAUUACAUUACUAGCGGAGUGCUUUCAAGGGCAUUUCAUGAAAUGUGUACUCAAUCCCAAGAUGGAUUGUGAGCAGCCUGUUGAAAGAAAGGAGCAAAUUUUAAAUAUUUAAGGUUUUGUUUGCUGUAGUCAAAUGCCUAUUCUGAAACUCAUAGGAAAUUGGAAUUUUGUUUAUAAUUUAAAAUGUUAUACUUCACCAUUUGGGUAGCAUGUCAAUUAUUAGACUAAGCAUACUGUUCAGAAUUUAAAAAACAAAACUAGUGCUCAUUGGUUUCUCUAUUAAAUGAUUGCUAACAAUGGAUAAAUUUGAAAUUUAGAAAAAAUAAUGCUGGCCCUGAUGUAUAGGUAAUAGUGUGGUAUUGGCAUAAUUGUCACAGUACAAGAAUGCUAAAAGAAGAACAAACUGGGUAAAAGUAUAGGCCAUUUUUAAAAGUUUAAGGUUUGUUAUUUGAAACCAUACUUUUUCUCAGCACUUUUUUGGAAUUUCUAAUCUUUUUGGUCAUUUAAGAAGGAGAGCCAUGACGUUUUGAUUCAUGAAGACAAAUUAAUGCAAAAGUGGGUAACUCUAAAUCCAUAGCAGAGUUUUCUAUUGAAUUUUAUAAAUUGUUUAAUAACUAAUUAUGUAAUUGUAUUUUGUGCAACUGAACAGCAGUACCGUAUUUUUAUGCAAAUAACACACAUUCUACGUUUUUUGCCAGCUGCGCAAUUCCCUUGCACAUUAUUUUCCUAGGCGCGCUAUGUGCGUUGUAUGUGUGGGCGUGUUAUUCACGUGGGCACAUUAUUUGCGAAAAUACGGCAAAUACUGUAGAAUUAGAGUUUGUAUCAUCUUUUUGGUAUAUAUACAAAAAUUUACCUAAUUACUUUUUGGUGUUUAUGAAAACCAUUUAGUUGACAAGGUGCCUAUACCAUUGUUGAAUUUUCUUUGAAUAUGUUUUGACAGUAUAUUUGCAAAUUAAAAAAUAAUCUGAAAAAAUCUCACCAGCAAUUUGCUAAAAUACAGAAUCACAUUUAGCAUCCUUUUUCAGGUCUCUUUCUCCAAUAUGCACUUGAAAUUAGUGCUACCUGAGCAGGGAUGAAACCUGACAUAGUUAAGGGUAAAGAAUCCAAACCAAAAAAAAAAAAAUUACACA